CCCCUGUGUUUGUCUUUUUGGUCUGUUUCGUCAAGACUCUUGCCCAAGAGAGUCGGUGUCUAUGACCGGCAAAUUCAAUGGCGACGAGCCAAGAUGACACCGCUCAAGUUGAUAUCAAUCCAUCUGCAGAGAUAGAACCUGAAGCGCCUGGACUUGUUGACGAUGCCGACUCUGCGUUUGGUGACGACAUGCAUUCAGAGACCACCACUAUAUCGACGGCGAUCCUGCAACAUCGUAAAGAGAACGGACGAACAUACCACAGUUUUCGAGCAGGCGAGAACGACUACUAUGCACCGAAUGACGAACAGCAGAAUGCGCAACUCGACCUAGGACAUCAUAUGCUCACGCAACUUCUGGGCGGCAAGUUGUACUUGUGUCCCCUUCCCGAGUCCUGCCAUAGGGCAAUAGACGUGGGAUGUGGAACUGGCAUCUGGGCAAUCGACUUUGCGGAUGAUCAUCCUGAUUGUGAGGUGAUUGGAACCGACCUGAGCGCCAUCCAGCCUCACUGGGUGCCGCCAAACUGCAAGUUUGUCAUCGAUGACUGUAGCAGUGAGUGGAACUAUCCACCGGGGCACUUUGACUUUGUCCACGUCCGAUGUCUGUACGGCAGCAUCUCAGAUUGGCCAGCGCUCUACCGGCAAAUUUUCCUGCAUACCAAGCCUGGAGGCUACUUUGAAGAGAUGGAGAUGUCAAUCGAGUUCGUCAGCGACGAUGGAACCAUUGACGAGCACCAUAUCAUGAGCCAAUGGAGUCGAACAUUCCUCGAAGCUGGUGAACGUGCCGGCAAGACCAUGAGAACGGCAGAUUACGCGGCCAAAUUGAUUCGAGAAGCUGGAUUUGUCGACGUGGUAGAGAAAUGGUUCAAAGUCCCUCUGGGGGUCUGGCCAAGGGACAAGAAUUUGAAGACAAUCGGACUCUACAAUCACCAUUUCGUCAAGGAGGGCUUGGAGGGAUGGGCCAUGUAUCUGCUCACCCGCGUCAUGAACUGGUCGGUACCAGAAGUACAGAUUUUCGUUGCAAAGAUGAAAAAUGCUAUCGACGACCGGAGAAAUCACGGCUACUAUCGGGUAGUGGUGGUAUAUGGACGGAGGCCAUGAAAGGUGUGACCGUGUCCUCCUACUGACGAAGUAACGAGAUAUGACUUGCGUUUGAGCCAGACACCUUCUUUUUGUUUUAUAUUAGCAGGCAUUCUCUUCAACCAUCCGCUUCUACUCGAAAUACCACGACUCGUCUCGAAUCUAUACUGUCAGCAUCUGCUUGCGUCGAAAGGAUGGUCAGUUCAUUGUGAGUGGAAAGCCGAACCUUGUCGAUUCGGGGUUCGGAGUGGCAAUUCGGCAUUUCGCAACAUGGUUGGAAUCUAGCAUAGCCACUUGAGUGUGAGGCUUUUAAAAUGCGCAGUUUUUGUUGUGCGCUAUCCGGCAGUGCGAGGUAAAGAUCAUUGUUCCCAUCAAUGGCAAUGUCGCCACGUCGGACGAUGCUGGAGCUUUCGAGUCCUAAAAUUGGGUUCGAAGUCCAAAGUCCUAGUCAAACAGUCAGGGGAAUAAUGGGUCGAAGCGAAAGGGGCUGUGGGGCCGCAUGCUUGCCAGAAGGAUUUCGGUAGUAAUGUUUCCAUUCUAAUCGCCCACUUACUGUCUGUCGAUUCAGCAUGUGCACGCCGCCUUCCAGGUCAACAGCCUGAGAUUCCUGGUUGAUGAGCCCAGAGUUCUUUGGGAUGGAAAA